AUGGCUGCAGAUAUCAGUAUACCGACAACUCAGAAAGCGGCUCUUGUACACGAGCUAGGCGGUCCUGUCAACAUCAUCCCAGACUAUCCUGUCCUGAAACCUGGUAAAGAUGAGGUACUAGCUCAAAUUUUGUAUACUGGUGUCUGUCAAUCAGAUCUUCACACUGCUCGAGGUACGGCUCCAGGUGCAGAUGGCAAGCCGAUCCUGAACGUCAAAUUACCACACGUGGGAGGACAUGAAGGUGUUGGCCGAAUAGUCAGUCUUGGUCCGUCUUCCGCCUCAGUACCCGAAGUCAAGGUUGGCGAUCUGGUUGGAAUUCGGUUUCUUGCACGAGUCUGCCACGAAUGCGAAUUCUGUACAUCCCAGCGAGAGCAGCACUGUGUUAAUGCCACUAAUCAUCUCCAUCAUGAGGAUGGAAGCUUUCAGGAGUACUGUGUUUUGGACAGGAACUAUUUGACGCCUUUAUCGCCAGACAUUGAUCCUGUAGUCGUUGGUCCAGUACUAUGUGCAGGCGUUACAGCAUACAAAGCUGUGAAGAAUGCUGGUCUUUCGCCUGGUCAGUGGCUGGUGGUGGUAGGAGCUGGAGGUGGGCUGGGUCACUUUGCCAUACAAUAUGGCAAGGUUGUAGGAGCGAACGUGAUCGGUAUUGACACUGGUCAAGUAAAGAAAGACUUUGUCGAAUCACUUGGAGGUCGCUUUUUGGAUUUUGCCAAGUCGCCGAACGUCGUCGAAGAGAUCAAGACAAUCACCAAUGGCGGUGCACACGGCGCAGUUGUGUGCAGUGGCAGCGGUAGAGCAUUUACUGGUGCUGUUGACAUGCUCAGGAUUGGUGGCACUUUGUCUUGUAUCGGUAUACCACCUGGUGAUAUUCACCUGACUACGCCGCUCGCAACGAUCAUCAUUCGAGGUCUGAAAGUUGUUGGUAAUCUAGUCGGCUCUAUGGAGGAGACACUCGAAGCCGUCGAGUUAGUCAGGCAAGGGAAGGUCAAGCCUCAUAUUGAGGUGCGCGAAUUUGAUGAGUUACCGCAUAUCUAUGAGAUGCUCGAGAAGGGCGACGUUCUGGGACGUGUCGUGCUCAAGGUGGCAACAUGA